AAAAACUCUAAGAAAAAAGUGCCUAUAAAUGUGCAGCAGAAAUCUUCACACUCGAGACAUUCACACUCUUCGUGCUCUCCGCCACCAUCUCUUCUUUCCUCUUGUCAAAUUUUCAGAUCCAUUUCAUUUUUCCCUGUUCCUUUUGAUCCCAUGGCUUCUUUCACUGCUUCCUCUGUUUCCAUCUCCUCUGCCUUUUGCUCCUUCAACCAAACCCAGGGUUCUAAUUUGAGGAAGGUGUCAGUUUCCUUCAGCGGAAAGAGUUUGCCUUCUCAGAGGCUUCCACUGCCUCGCUUCCGAAUUUCUUGCGCGGCCAAACCCGACACAGUCAAUAAAGUGGUUGAGAUCGUGAAGAAGCAAUUGGCUCUUCCUGAUGAUCGACAGGUCUCUGGAGACUCGAAGUUUCAAGUGCUUGGUGCUGAUUCUCUUGACACGGUAAUACUUCCCCAAUUAUGGCCGUAUUGUGUAAUUUGUGGUAUACUUAAAAGGAAAAAUUAA